AUGGCGUCUCAAGAGGCCUCGCCAAGCGGCGCUCCGCUGCGCGGGGGCAGCAGCGGCUCCGCCGCCCCCCCCGCAGCAGCAGCAGCAGCAGCAGCAGCAGCAGCAGCAGCAGCAGGGUCCAAGGUGUACAUACACCCGGAAGCAGUGAUUAAAGGCAGCGUCACUCUGGGCACUGGCUGCUGCAUCUGUGCUGCAGCAAGACUGGAGGGGGGGGCUGGGGGGCUUAUUCUGGGGGAAAGAACUGUAGUCCGAGAAAAAGUCACCAUUAUCAACAAGCGGGGCCAGCAGCAGCAGCAGCAGCAGCAACAGCAGCAACAGCAGCAGCAGCAACAGCAGCAACAGCAGCAGCAGCUCUUCUCUCCAGUUCGUUUUUAA